GAGACAGAAAACAGAAAAAGUGACAAAACCAAACGGUUUGUAAAAUGUCUAAAGUCCAAAGGCUGAGAGAUUUGGUGGAGGAGCGGCUGACUGCGGCUGCUGAAGACAUAUAUGUGCUGUUUGAAAGAAUCAUAGCCGAGUAUGAGGAGGAACUGUGUCGCUCCAAACAGGAGAACGAGAGGAACCAACGGCUCCUGGACUCGACUCUGAGCGCUCUGAACCCGAGAGUCCUGCUGACACGAGCCGGUGUCCACAUGUCCUCUCUGAGUCCUGGUCUCACUCUGAAACAGGAAAUCCCAGAGACUCCACAGAUUAAAGAGGAGCCAGAAGAACAGCACGUCAAACAGGAGGAAGAGGAGCUGCAAGUAUCUGUCCCUGAUGAUGGCUGUGUGAAGACAGAAGAGUCCUCACUGUUUCAAAGAAAAGAAACUGAUCACAGAGAGGACAUCAACUCAGAGACACAUGUCCACAGAGAGGACACACAGGGAGAGGACAUCAGCUCACAGACACAUGUCCACAGAGAGGACACACAGGGAGAGGACAUCAGCUCACAGACACAUGUCCACCUCGAGACUGAGGGAGACACGGAGUACUCUUCUGACACUGACAGUGAUGAAGACUGGAGUGCUCCAAUCGGCUCGUCAGCUGCAGAGAUGGAGACAGAUGCAGAUGGAGACAACUACAACCAAGUCCAGACCAGAGCCAAAAGCACCACUGCACCAAACUCAAGUCUAUCCCCCAAAUACAAGUCUGCACCAGAGACCAGAGCCACUGUGGACAAUGGGGACGUGUCAGGAACAGCCGAAGGAACUGCAGGGAAGAGACACCAGUGCUCUGUUUGUAAAAAGAGAUUUGGCUUAAAAAUAGAUUUAAUAAGACACUUUAGAAUUCACAGAGGAGAGAAACCUUACAGCUGUUCUGUCUGUGAGAAAGCAUUUAAUCAAAAGAGUAAUUUUAUUUACCACAUGAGAAAACACACAGGAGAAAAGUCUUACAGCUGUUCUGCCCAGAACAUUGAUGUGAAAAGACACAGGUGUUCUUUCUGUGAGAAAGCAUUUAAUCGAAAGAGUCAUCUCACAAGUCACAUGAGAACACACACAGGAGACAGGCCUUACAACUGUUCUGUCUGUGAGAAAGCAUUUAAUCGGAAGAGUCAUCUCACAAUUCACAUGAGAACACACACAGGAGACAGGCCUUACAGCUGUUCUGUCUGUGAGAGAGCAUUUAUUAAAAAGAGUAGUCUUACAUAUCACAUGAGAAAACACACAGGUGACAGGCCUUACAGCUGUUCUGUCUGUGAGAAAGCAUUUAUUCAAAAGAAUAGCCUUAAAUAUCACAUGAGAAAACACACAGGUGACAGGCCUUACAGCUGUUCUGUCUGUGAGAAAGCAUUUUUUCAAAAGUGUGGUCUUACAUAUCACAUGAGAAAACACACAGGAGACAGGCCUUACAACUGUUCUGUCUGUGAGAAAGCAUUUAUUCAAAAGAGUCAUCUCACAGGACACAUGAAAACACACACAGGAGACAGGCCUUACAGCUGUUCUGUCUGUGAGAAAGCAUUUAUUACAAAAAGUAGUCUUACAUAUCACAUGAGAAAACACACAGGUGACAGGCCUUACAGCUGUUCUGUCUGUGAGAAAGCAUUUAAUCAAAACAGUCAUCUCACACAACACAUGAAAACACACACAGAAGAAAAGCCUUACAGCUUUUCUGCCCAGAGCAUUGAUCUGAAAAGACAUACAAAAGUCAUACAGGAGAGAAAUAGUUUAAAAUAAAGUCUAACAAGCCUCAAACAGAGCAGUGCCUACAGUUAGCAUCACACUGCCAGGAAAUGUUGAUGACAUCAGUUGCACAGUAUCAUUUGUACUUAGUUGAGUCGAUGUUUAAACCUGUAUCUGUAUUUAUUAGUCAAGUAACUAUUUGUGUAGGUACCCUGGUUUUCUUCUCUAAUAAAAGGACUUCACGCUCCU